AUGGGAACCUCAGUACAUCCACCGGGGCACUGGCCUCGACUCAUCUUUGCUAUGGCAUUUUGCCUUAUAGCAACUAGCGUGGUUGCCUAUGAACCUGAUGUAUAUUCUUCUCCACCUCCACCAGAGCACCCAGAGUACAAACCACAUCCUCAUAAGUCUCCACCACCUCCGACCUACUAUUAUAAAUCUCCACCACCACCACCUUAUUACUACAAAUCCCCUCCACCCCCAUCACCAUCUCCUCCUCCGCCAUACUAUUAUAAGUCUCCUCCACCACCUUCUCCUUCACCUCCUCUUCCAUAUGUGUACAAAUCUCCUCCACCUCCAUCGCCAUCUCCCCCUUCGCCCUAUUAUUACAAGUCCCCACCACCACCUUCACCAUCCCCACCACCACCUUAUUACUAUAAAUCCCCUCCACCACCUUCACCAUUGCCUCCACCUCCCUACUAUUAUAAGUCUCCACCUCCACCAUCACCCACCUCCGUUUACAAGUCACCACCCCCACCAUCUCCAUCACCACCACCUCUUUACUACUACAAGUCACCACCUCCUCCAUCUCCUAGUCCCCCACCACCAUACAACUACAAGUCACCACCCCCACCAUCUCCAUCACCACCACCUCCUUACUACUACAAGUCACCACCUCCGCCAUCUCCUAGUCCCCCACCACCAUACUACUACAAGUCACCACCUCCGCCAUCUCCUAGUCCCCCACCACCAUACUACUACAAGUCACCACCCCCACCAUCUCCAUCACCACCACCUCCUUAUUAUUACAAGUCACCACCACCACCUUCACCCAGUCCACCACCACCAUACUAUUACAAGUCACCACCUCCACCAUCCCCUAGCCCGCCACCACCAUACUAUUAUAAGUCACCACCUCCGCCAUCCCCUAGCCCACCACCACCAUACUACUACAAAUCCCCUCCACCUCCUUUGAAGUCACCGCCUCCUCCAUACUAUUACAAGUCACCACCUCCGCCAUCUCCUAGUCCCCCACCACCAUACUAUUACAAGUCACCACCCCCACCAUCUCCAUUACCAUCACCUCCUUAUUACUACAGGUCGCCACCUCCACCAUCUCCUUCACCCCCACCUCCUUACUACUACAAAUCACCACCACCUCCUUCCCCAUCACCACCACCACCACGUUACUAUUAUAAGUCACCCCCUCCACCAUCUCCUUCCCCACCACCUCCUCACUACUAGAAGUGAUUCAUCUUUUCCUCCUUUGAAGUUUCCACCUCCUCUUUAUUACU